AUGUCUAGCAUCGUGACAUGUGGUGGUGGCAUUCGCGAUCCGGGCGCCAUGACAGGUCGAGGCAGCAGAGGAGGAAGCGGUUCGUGUCAGGAUCUUGGGCGGGGGAGGGGAGGCCGCAUGGACGUCCCAGCAUCCAACCGCCAUGGCCAGAAGCCCGAUCAGCCUCUCUUCUACUCCCAGCUAUUCCGAUCCCAGUUGGCAGAUUCGCAGCUCAGAUCACAGGCUGGCCGCGCCACGCCCGCUCACACUACAGUAUGCCGACGACCUGAACACACUACCGCCCUCCCUUGCCUCGCUCCUACGAAUACUCCUACGUCCUACGACUGA